AUGGACGAGCCGUUGGUUUCACGGGGCGUUGCCUCCACACUCCGUCUGCUUAUGGAUCGGGGAGUCCUCCGUAGUGAAUACGACCAAAAGCCGCCGUCCAAAAAAAUAGAAUACAAGGACGAGCAUGGACGAUCGCUGACACCCAAGGAAGCCUUUAAGCUACUCUCGCACAAGUUCCAUGGAAAGGCGCCUGGAAAACUAAAGGUGGAAAAGCUCUUGAAAAAGAUUCAGACGGAAAAGGCUGUACUCGCAAAGCAGGUUGCCUCAAUACCAUCUACAAAUGUCGAAAUGAUGGAAAAGGCAAGAAUGAGCCAGGGGGCCGCCCAUAUUGUCGUUGCUAAUAGCUCGAUGAUGUCUACCGCCACACGCUCCCACAAGCCUAUCAAUCGCAAUAAAAAGGAAGCCAAGGCCGCAGUCCCAAAGAAGAAACUUCCUUUUGGCAUGGUUUAG